GCUGAGAAAGAAAGAAACAAUGCGUUGGUGCGUCCGUGGCGGCGUACACGCGCCGUGGAAAAGUUCCUGUUGUCUUUGCUCUUUCUUCUACCUCCAGCUAAGAGAGAGAGAGAGAGAGUGCUAGUUAGGGCUACGGCAACAUUUUGUAUACAGAGCCUCGAUGCGAUCCUGCCGGCGGCCAUGUCGCUCAUCCCUCACGCCGGUGGUGGCGGGGCGAUGUCGUUGCAGCUGCCAUCAUUGACGACGACGAGCUACACCUCCUGGGCGAUCAAGGCAGAGGCUAUCCUUUACAUCUAAGGGCUGUGGAGUGCGGUGGCUCCGACGGAGGGCGCGGCGGUCGACGCCGGGAAGAGCAAGGCGGUGCGGGCGGCGAUGCUGGGCCGGCUGCCAGACGACUUGCUGAUGCAGGUGGCGACAAAGACCACGUCGAAGGAGGUAUGGGACGCCCUCAAAGUGCGCUUCGUCGGUGCCGAUCGGGUGCGGGCGGCGAGGCUUGCGAUGCUGCGCGGCAAGUUCGAUCGCCUGCGGACGGACUGGUCGACUACGCCGGGAAGGUCAGCGGCAUGGCGGCGAGGUACGUGGUGCUCGGAUCGACGCUCGACAACAGCGCCAUUGUGAAGAAGCUACUCAACACCGUGGCGGACCGGUUGUACGCCGCGGUCACCGGCAUCGAGCAGUUCUGCAACAUGGAGGAGAUGGCGUUCGAGCAGGCGCUCGGAUGGCUCAAGGCGUUUGAGGAGAGGACGCGGCAGCGUGUGUAGGCCGGCGGCAAGCGUGCAGACGGGCACCUGAUGAUGACGGCGGCACAAUAGGCAACUCGGCAGCGACGGCAAGGUGGACGCGGCUUCGGCGAUCACGAUGACGACGGUGCAGCGAGCACAUCGUCGGGUAACGGAGGGAAGCGCCAUGGACGCUGCUACAAAUGUGGAGAGCACGGGCACUUCCGGCGCGAGUGCCCGCAGCUGCGGAAAGGACCGGCGACGGAGCAGGAUCUCCUGGCCGACGCCGACCGACUCCUCUAGGCCGUGGCUUUGGGGAUGUGUAUUGGAAUAAGUCACGAUGUCUAGUAUGGUCGUGCUCGUCGGGCGCGUUGGAUGCGCGCGGGACGUGCGAGACACAUUGAUGCGGUCCGGCACGUCGGGUGCACGCGAAAUGUGCUGGGCGCAGCGGGAAUAUGACGUGUGUGCGUAGAUGUGCGUGGCGUGUGUGUUGUGUGGUGAUACAGCCGCGUGAGCUAGUUAACCAGGUUGUUAGCGAUCUGUUGCGAGCUGGACGUAACGAGCGUGUUGAUCGCAUCGUGGGCGCGUGUGGCCGGGGAAUGCAGAUGAUGGGCACGGAGUGAGGCGGGGUGGGCUUUGUCUUGUGCAUGCGCCAGCCCCCGGUAUAAAUGUUGUAGUCCCUUUGUAAGGGCUGUGGCGAGUCAGCUGAGAAAAGAAGAAACAAUGCGUUGGUGCGCCUGUGAUGGCGUACGUGCGCCAUGGAAAA